GUAGAGUAGAUUAGAUCAUAAAUUAGGAACUAUACCAAGUUUCAGUUCAAGAAAACAAAAUCAAUAGUAGUAGGAGUAUUAAUUGAAGAGAUGCAUUUAUAGGUGUUGGUGGCGUGAAAGAAGGAAAUGCAGAAACGCUUCAAAGCUCACCAGCAUUCUUACGUAGGCCGAGAUUCCGCCGUGGCUUCAUUACCUUGAAACGCCUAUAAAUUAGAAUCCCCACAAUUUCAAGUUAUAUUGUCACUUAAAUAAAUUAGAAGAAGAAGUAAAAUGAAGUUGGAAGCAUUGAUCUUGGUCUCCCUCGUUCUACUUCUUCCCGUUUUUGCCCAAAUAAAAGACGAUGAGCCAUUGCACACCGACACUUUUAUCGGCCACGGCGGCGGAAAUGGUGGAGGAAGUGGUGGCGCUGGCGUCGGCGGUGGAAUUGGAGGCUUCGGCCACGGCGGAAUAGGAGGCUUCGGGGACGGAGGAAAGGGUGGUGGAAAUGUGGGAAGUGGCGGAGGAAGUGGCGGAGCAGGGAGUCAUUACGGAGGAGGAAAGUUAUGCAAAUGGGGUUGUUGUGGCAAAUCAUUUGGUUAUAGCCAUGCAGGAGGCGUUUAUUAUAGUUGCACUUGCUGCGCUACUUUUUCUCAGGCCAAAGCCUAUCGAGGAGGAAACAAAACCAACCCAAAUUAAGAAUUAUUUAUUUAAUUCUUGUGCGGUUGUAUCAAUUGUGACAACUAUCAUUCAAUAAACCUGCUUCUGUUUUCACA